AUGGAGGAUAACUGCCAAACGGACACUCGAGUAAAGACAGUGAUAGCGGACAUCGAGUCGAGAGAUGGGGCGGAGUUGAAGCGAUUAUGUGGUCUAAUGGUGUCGUCGGGUUUGAUCAGCGAUACGGCCAUCGAUUCUGGCGAUACUGACAACAAUCUUAUGAGACUUUCCACGGCUUUUGACGAGUUAUUAGUUAACAUCAAAUUGCUAGAGACGAAGACCGAUGUACUGACCGUCAGGAAAGCCACUGCCAUACAGAGCACCGAAUAUGGGAACGUAUAUCCCAUGAGCAAAAAACCUCGGGGUUAUUGCGUGAUCAUUGAUAACGAGUUCUUCACGGGUGAACCGAUCCAAUGCACACAUCCGCCGGACAUAUCCUGUGAAUUGGUUCCGUUGUUACACAUCCGGUUGCGGCGCAGGACCGGCACCACAGCCGAUGCCAACCGACUGUCUUCUGUCUUCAAACAGCUAUACUUUUGCGUCAAAACCUAUAAGAAUAAAACGGUUGAAGAAAUGAAAGCACUUUUGGCGGACAUCGCGGCCGACAGCGCACUCAUAGGACACGACGCUCUGGCGGUUAUAAUCUUAUCGCACGGCGCGACUGAAGGUAUUUACGGCACGGAUGGGGUCACUGUUGCCCUCAAGACAAUCCUCGAGAUGUUUAACAACGAGAACUGUCCACAACUUAUCGAUAAGCCUAAGAUGUUCUUCUUGAGCGCCUGUAGGGGCGGCAAAACCGACCCUGGUACACGCAAAAGUUUGGGGCCCAAUUUGGCUGCGAUGGGCAAACCCUCUACUGCUCCCAUAGUUAGCACUUGGAGUGAUAUGUUUGUGUACUAUUCAACCAUUGAGGGUUAUGUUUCCACGCGUAAUAUAUUUAAGGGUUCGUGGUUUGGACAGGAGUUGGGGAACUGUUUGGCCGAAUCGGCUCAUAGGGAACAUCUCAACGACUUAGUGACUAUAGAAGUGGCCAAACGAGUAAGCGAUAGGAUUACCGAUAUCGAUGGCCAGCCAAUUAAACAAGCCAUUGAGACACAUAUCAGAGGCAGUGUUAAAAAGGAUAACUGUCAACCCGACACUCAAUUAGUGAAAUUAAUAGACGACAUCAAAGGGAGGGGUGCGACAGAUGUGACCCGAUUAUGUCAACUACUGAUUGAGUCGGGUUUGGUCAGCGAUGUGGCCACCGAUUCAAGCGCUGUUGACCUGAGCCAAGACGACGGGCCGUCGCGGUGUUUAGAUACGCUCAAAAUUCUGCUCUCUUGCGUGAGUUCAAUGGACUUGAAUGCGCUGACAGUGACCAAAGCCACUGCCAUACAGAGCACCCAAUACGGCAACGUGUAUCCCAUGGCACGCAAACCCCGGGGCUAUUGUGUGAUCAUUGAUAACGAGAAAUUCAAUAUAGAAAGCUUAAAGCGUAGGCUCGGAACCAAAGCCGACGCCAACCGACUGUACUCUGUCUUCCAUCAGCUCUUCUUUGACGUCAGACUCUAUAGGAAUAAAACGUCUGAAGAAAUGGAAACACUUUUGGCGGACAUCGCGGCCGACAAAGCACUGGAAGGACACAACGCUUUGGCGGUUAUAAUGCUAUCUCACGGUUCAAAAGAAGGUAUUUACGGCACGGAUGGGUUUACUGUUGCCCUUAAGGAUAUUUUCGAGAUGUUUAAUAACGAGAAGUGUCCACAACUUAUCGAUAAGCCUAAGAUGUUCUUCAUUAACGCCUGCAGAGGCUCCAAAAUUGAUCCUGGUAUACGCAAGAGUUUAGGUGCGACUGCAGCACCCGUAUUGACCACUUGGAGUGAUAUGUUUGUGUAUUAUUCUUCAAUCCAGGGUUACAUAUCAACCCGUAAUAUACUGAAUGGCUCGUGGUUUGGCCAGGAGUUAGCCGAUUGUUUGGCUGAAUCGGCUCAUAGGGAACAUCUCAACGAUAUAAUGACUAUAGAUGUGGCCAAACGUGUCAGUGAAAAGAUCGCCCAAAUUAAAGACCAGUCAACCAAACAGGCAAUUGAGACACUUAUUAGAGGCAGUGUUAAAAAGGAUUACUGUCGACGGGACACACAAUUACCGGCACUAAUAGCGGGCGUAGUCUUUCUCUCGAGGAAUGGAGAGGAAGUGAACCGAUUAAGAGAGCUAAUGGUAGCGUCGGGUUUGGUUGUCGAUAACAACGAUAGUGGUCAGUGUGUGAGCGAUGGAUCACGGUUUAGUUUAACCUGGUUGAAAAAGCUCAUCGCUUCCAUGGUGCUGAUGAACAAGGUUAAGCCCACUGUCACUAAAGCCACAGAACUAAAGCAUACAAAAGACGUAGACGUGUAUCCCAUGACACGCAAACCCCGGGGCUAUUGUGUGAUCAUUGAUAACGAGUACUUUGAUAAUGAAAAUCUGGAGACCAGGUUUGGCACUAUAACCGAUGUCAAGAACCUGACCGCUGUCUUCGACCAACUUUUCUUUGACGUCAAACUUUAUAACAACAAAAGUGCGGAUCAAAUGAAAGCACUUUUGGCGGACAUCGCGGCCGACAGCGCACUCGUAGGACACGACGCUCUGGUAGUUAUAAUGCUAUCGCACGGCGCGGAAGAAGGUAUUUACGGCACGGAUGGGGUGACUGUUCCCAUCAAUACUAUACUCGAGAUGUUUAAUAACAAGAAUUGUCCACAACUUCUCGAUAAGCCUAAGAUGUUCUUCACUAACGCCUGUAGGGGUCGUUAUGUCUCAUUCCGCAGUCCGUUUUCCGGCUCGUGGUUUGGUCAGCAUUUGGCCAAAUGUUUGGCCAAAUUAGCCCAUAGGGAACAUCUCAACGAUAUAAUGACUAUACAUGUGGCCAAACGUGUCGGCGAUAUGUUGACCGAAAAUGAUACCCAGUUGUGCAAACAGGCCAUUGAGACAACUAUCAAAGGCUGUGUUAAAAAAGAUUACUGUCGACCGGACACACAAUUACCGACACUAAUAGCGGACAUCGCGUCGAGGAGUGGGGCGGAAGUGAACCGAUUAAGAGAGUUAAUGGUAUCGUCGGGUUUAGUCAGCCGUAUGACUGACGAUCACAACGAUAGUAGUCAGUGUGUGAACGAUGGAUCACUGUUUAGUUUGACCUGGUUAGAAGAGCUAAUCGCUUCCAUCCUGCUGGUAAAUAAGGAUGAGCUCACUGUCACUAAAGCCACAAAACUAAAGGAUACAAAAUACGGAGACGUGUAUCCCAUGGCACACAAACCCCGGGGCUAUUGUGUGAUCAUUGAUAACGAAUAUUUUGAAGAUCAACAUUUGGAGCCCAGGUUUGGCACUAUAGCCGACGCCAAACGCUUGUCCUCUGUCUUCGACCAACUUUUCUUUGACGUCAAGAUCUAUACCAACAAAAAAGCGGAACAAAUGAAAACACUUUUGGGGGACAUCGCGGCCGACAGCGCACUCAUAGGACACGACGCUCUGGCAGUUAUAAUGCUAUCGCACGGCGCGGAAGAAGGUAUUUACGGCACGGAUGGGGUCACUGUUUCCAUCAAUACUAUACUCGAGAUGUUUAAUAACAAGAAUUGUCCACAACUUAUCGAUAAACCUAAAAUGUUCUUUACUAACGCCUGUAGGGGCGUUAGGGUGGACCACAAUUACGAAGCACUUGGAGUGAUAUGUUUGUAUACUAUUCUUCCAUGGAGGAAAUACGAUCUAGGUUAUGUCUCAAAGCGCGAUACUCUAUCCGGCUCGUGGUUUGGUCAGCAUUUGGCCAAAUGUUUGGCAGAAUUAGCCCAUAGGGAACAUCUCAACGAUAUAAUGACUAUACAUGUGGCCAAACGUGUCGGCGAUAUGUCCGCCGAAACUGAUACCCAGUCUAGGAAACAGGCCAUUGAGGCAAAUAUCAGAGGCAGUGUUAAAAAAGGUAACUGUGAAGCAGACACACAAUUAGCGACACUAAUAGCGGACAUCGAGUCGAGAAGUGGGGAUGAAUUGAGCCGAUUAUGUGGACUAAUGAUAUCGUCGGGUUUGGUCAGCGAUACGGUCGCCGACUCUGUGGACAGCGGGCAGUGUGUGAACGACGGGCCGAAGCGAUAUUUGAAAGCGUUUAAAGAU